AUUAUUUUAUAUAUAAAAAUAAUGUUAAAUUUUUAUCAAUUUUAAAGAUUUUUAUAUAAUUUCUCUAUUUCUGUAAAAUAGAUCAUAAAUAAGUAAUAAUGGAGUUAAAUGACUUAUCAGAAAGCCAGAAGGAGCUAUUACACCCGCUUCUUAGGCUUAAAACAGACGUUUCAUUGGAUUCAUUGGUGGUUUUGAGGGAUGUUUUCCAAGAUCUGUCCGAAUCCUAUAGUACAUUCGCAGCUUCAAUAAAGGACACAGAACAAAAAUUACUAACAUGUUAUAAUAUAGCCUCUUCUGGUAGUUUAACGCCACAAGCUUCCGAAGCAUUGCUGAUGGUUAGAGGAAAUACACCUAAUUUAUCAAACGUUAUACUAUCGGCAACUGCAGAACAAACUGGAGUAUUGACAGUGAUGCGGAGCAUGUUGAGCUUCUUGAACCACGUUUAUGAGGAAGCUAACCAGUUUUCAGCCUCCUUGGAUAAGUCAGUAGUGGUGCCCCUAACAUCAUUUUCAAACGAAUAUCUGAAGACGUUUGGCAAGGAUGAAAACAGAGCGUUUCGACAAGAUAUUUCAGGCUUCAUCCCAAAGCUUAAGGAGUUUAAAAACUCGCCUAAUUACUCCCAUAGUAAUAUACGUAAAUACGUUGAUGUAGUACUCAAAUCACAUAAGGAGCUCCAGGAUUGUUUAGCAUACGAGUCACAACUCGCACAGUACCUGGCCUCAGACGACCAGGUUGAUACCAAGCUAAUUUCAAAAGCGAAAAAUAGGACAGUGAGAGCUAAGGUUGCACUUGGAAAUAAUAUACAAAACUUGUUUACAAACGCACCUGAGCUCAGGGAAAUUGUAGAUUUCAAAAACGCAGAUGUGGAUGUACUCUCACAAAUCAGUAAGGUUUCCAAAAAGCAAGCGGAUGUUGUGUCACAGUUGUCGAGAGUUAACGAUAAAACUAAUAAUUCAACUACAGGGGAAAGUCCAUCCGAGUACCAUUCUAAUUUCUGUACUUUGGAGAGGAAGAGGUUGGAUCUAUUCUCUACCUGUUUUCAGCACUGGAUGGACAAACACGCUAAAUACAAAAAGGGAGUGUACUCACAGUUGGAAGUGAUGUGGAAUGAAGUGGUGAAGUUCUCACCAAACAACGAUUUUAAAAGGUUUGAAUCAUGCCUCUCGGGACAAACAGUUGAAUCUGAGCCAGUACACUCAAGGUCCGUUCCAACGGAUGACCCAUACGAAGGAUUAUGGAUUCCACCGACCCCAGGUCCAAUAGAUUCUGAAACUCAAGCACCAGCAGAAAACACACCCAUGAGUUCAGAACGUGCUAAAGAAGAUCAAAUGACCAGCACUGUUGUAGAAAGUUAUGAAUCAGGAAAUGUAUCUGACGAAGAAUUCGAUACAGCUUUAGAUAACACGAGUUAUAGCUCCCCAAGCGCCAACAAUAUUUAUGAUACCAGUUAUUCCAGCGGAAACCGUCUAGAAAAUGAUCAAAAAAACGCUAAAGAUACAUAUAAUUUAUAUAAGAUUACAGGGAAUGAGUUUGAUCAACGCAGUGAUUCAAAAUAUACACCAACAGAAAUUUCAAAGGGGAAUGAAUCUGACAUCAUGGAAUUAACCACCACAACGCUCCUAAAUGUUACAGUUCCAAUACACACAAAAUCACCAUCGCACUUAAACGACUCACCAAACAGGGUUAAUGUUGGGGAUACGGAUAGAAACAAUGGUAAAUUGGUUAAUGCUGAUGAAACUAAGGACCCUGAACCUAGGCAGAAUAUGAAGCUGCUUAGAUUAGAGUCAAAUUAUCUCGAUUCUGAUGAGUAUGGUAGUUUUAUCGACCACGUGGAACGAAACAGUGUUGCAGCUCAUAAAGAAUCUAAAACCGAAGUACUUGAAUCACAAGUUGAAGAGAAUCAAGGUGAUAAGGAAGAAGAACCAGCUGAAGAAGUUGGGCAACAACAGUAUAGAAAUGAAGAUAGUAAACCCACUGAUGAGGGAUUUGAUUCACCCAAAACAGAAAAUAAGGAAGAAAAGUUUAAACAUAUAAAUCCAGGAGUAAUAGGAGAUCCUAAACGUAUAUUGAGAAUAACACGACGUAGAUUAGAUGAACAUAUGUUGUCCCUGUUUAAUAAAUGCAGAGAAAGAAGGCUGGAGUCACAAUUUGAUUGGCUAAGUGAUGAUAUAAGUGACAUAGUAAAAUUGGUGGAAGACUACAAUUCGUACCCGAUUAUCGAUUAUGACAAACUUUCGAAAAAAAUUAAAAAGUCAGAUUCACCUAAAUCCGUUAAAAGUCCCAGGUCGGAAGAUGGAUUCGUUGAGUUGUCAGAUAGAGCUGUCCUACGAACGUUACCAUAUUCACUAUACGAUAAUUAUAUGAACGAAGACCAAUGGACAAUAUUUUCCCUUGAAAUGUUAAUACUACUGCACCAGUACGUGUCUGCAUUUAUUAAUCACCCAUGCUUGAACAAAGAAUCGGGAGAGUUGAGAGAGUAUUUGUUAGCAAAUUUAGGCCUGUUGGAGCAAGUCCUAAUUAAACUGAGGAAGACCAUAGAGACGUAUAGGUUUAGGACGUCAGUGUCAGACUUUGAGUAUGGCAUCCUGGACGUAGUUUUGAAACCUAGAGACUCGUUCACAGCACACUCACCGGCCAUUAAGUUGCAUGUCAUGGACACAAGAUAUAGAAUUUUACUACUGAUUGACUCAUUUUCAAAGGGAGAUAUUGUCAUCCAUAGUGAAAAGUUAUUUGUGAUAAAGGAGUUUUACCAAUGGAUGUAUAGACAACUCCAUUUCGUACACAUAACACUCCUGCAGAAGCUCUCGAGAGUGAUAUACCUAAUACCAAACCACUGCACGGAUUUGAAAGAUAGAUGGCUAAGGUGUAUUAACUCAACAACACCACAAGAAGAGUUGUUACACGGCUUUAAAUUUAAAGAUAUGCCACUAAUUGAUAAAAUAGGAAAUUCGAUAUUGAAGGAGUUAUUGGGUUCAUUAGGUAUAUUGAACACACUAAAACAGUAUGCAGUAAGUAAAAUGGAUAAAUCAAGGUCGGUUGAUUCGCCAAGAACGGGUCUGCUUAAUAAUUUGGAACAAAGUAAGGACAAUGGUAGUCAGAUCAAGACUAAGUUGCUGGAACUCUUGAGGAAGUUGGUGCUGGUUGAGGAUUUGGAUGAGGAGUUUAAAUCACAUUUUAAUUUGCCAGAAGAUGAAACCCCAAUGAAACAACUUAAACAAGAAGAUUUCGCAAUCAACCUGAGCUUCUACGACGAUCAUAACAUUUCUAUGCUCGCUGAAGUCAGAAGUAACAAAACUACGUGUUUCCAAAGAUGCAUGACAUCAGCCAGUAAAACAAUUCUUAACACCUCCCAGAACAACCCUAAAUUAUCUUAUAAAGCAAGAAGGAAAGAGGAAAUGAAGGCCAUGAAGUCAGUAGAAGGAGAUUUGAAGACGAAUAAUGAAUGGAACAAGUACUUUAAUCAUCGAGUAGAUGAAGUAGUGUUAUCAAAGAGUUUUAGCAUUGAGGAGCCGGUGGUGCUCUUAAUCUGCAGUUAUCUUCACAAGUACUUGAGCUGUGAUGAUAUUGCAAUGUCAGACUUCCCGCAGCGCUUUCAAAUCAUUCUAUACCUUUCUUCCUUUAUGCAGACUGGGAUUUUGCCCAACUUUAACCUCCUCAAGCACACUGUUACGGACAAUGAAAACAGCAACUUUAAAAACCAAAUCCCUCUUAUCUCACACGCAAUCAUGGCCGCUUCAUCACUGUGGUUUUAUAAAAUUAAUACACCGUCAGAUCCAGAUUCUCUGGAGGGAGUCACCUCUCCAGCAACAAGAGAUCCCUCAGUAGAAUACACUACACAAACCACCAAUUUAGAUGAUGAAUCCGAGAUUUUCAAGAGGCUUAGACUAUCAAGCACAGGAAUAAAAGAACGGUUAAGAGCAAUGGCGAGGUUGAAGUUUAAGAUAACAGAAAGUGUUGCUAAGCAGUUGUAUAUACUGUUGCAGAUGCCCACAAAUGUGCACUAUUUGCCAGUUGGAUUGUCUGAACUGGAUUCAUAUCUUCUUUUUGACAUAUUCAAAUAUAAAAUAGGAGGAAACUUUACUCCAGAGGAUUUGCUCCCCAACUACACGUUUCAUGAUAAAAGCUGCAUUGAGCUCAUUACUCUGUCCAGUAUUAAUGACCUCUCAAAGUCAGUACUAACACAGAUGAAGACGAUGGAUUCAAAUGACCCAUACACUAAGGUCCACUUUAUAAUCUCGCAGUUGAUUAAUUAUCAGUCCCCAACUCUCUUUGCAAUUAUAUCAGGCAAUGAUGCUCCUAACAUAAUUAGUAGUGGAGCUAAGAUUGGCCCAUCAUCGGCCAAAUCAACCUACUCUGUAGUCGGAUCGUCAAACUCUGUAAAUAGAGGUUCAGUUGAUGUAAAGUACAAUUAUGACUAUUCCCUACUGACACCAUCCUCAAUAGAGAGGACCGUAAUGACAAUAUUAUCCCUGAGGUUGGCCUGUGUGAACUUUAAGAAUGAGUUGUUCAAGUGCUUGUGUGAGUUCUCACGAUUCGUAGAAUCCGACGGACUCUUCUACGUCCUUUCAGUUUUCGUGAUCCUGUUCAGAGCUCUCUACCCAAGGCUGUCAGAUCAUAUUCCCAACCUUUCACUGUUUGAAUCAGAUGAUGAUACUGACAAGUCAUGCUGCAAUAUGGUUAACAUUUUCAGAUACAUCGUGAAUCAAAAUUCAAAGAUAUUCGUUAAUGAGUGCGUGGAACGUGUAAGGGAAACGAGUGAUCCAUCGCUGGACAAUAACGGCUUGAUUCCCCUGAUUACCGAGGAGAUGCUGCAGAUGUUGAGGUACCAGUGCACAGUAUCGAGUAAUAUCUGGAACGGCUUCCUCCAUUUCGGAGAGUUCGCGUCUCUCCUCUCAAACUGCAGCAUAUUGCACUACAAAACACUGUAUGAGAACCUUAAAAUUAAUAAUGAGAUGGUAAUGCCGGAGUUCAGAAAGCUGAUGGUGUUACAGCGAGAAUUCGACUCUAGUUAUAUAGUGAGGGCACCCGUAAGUGACCCAGUCCAGCAGGAGCAGAGGCUAUUGAACUGCAUGUUCUUCUGCUACAAAAACUCUAACCAUAGGGUGAGUGGAUACGUCGAGUUCUUAAAACUCAUAAAGGAUAACCUGAGCAGGGCUCUAGAACACAAGUUCGUUUCAAUGUCAGACAUGGUAGAUUCUUCUGUGGAUAACGAGGAGUGGAAGAGAAUUAGCAGUGCGAACAUGUACACCCAAGGUGUAGUAAACUUGGUCACGGUGCUUAACGCAUCUCUGAAGGCGUCGUUUCACCUCUCACCCCCAGUUGAAUGGCUCAUACUGCCGUUCACAAGCGCAUGCGAAAACUCGCUCAGGUGUUACAAUAAGGCGCUUCUGAAGUUCUACAAACUCAGUAAUCUCUACAAUAUACAUGCCAACAUCAUCGAAGGGAUCCCAUCAGGACUUGGAGCUGGAGCUGAGGUGGGAGAAGAUGAAAAGAAAACUAAGAAGACAUUGUGGAAGAGGCUGAAGAACACAAUUGGAGCCAAGUCACCUAAAAAUUCCUCAUUCUCAAGCAUUGUUAGCCUGAUUGAUAAGUACAGUAACAACUUUAAAUCGAAGUCCGUACUUGAGGACCUUACACGCAUUGCAAACAUGGAUUACCUCUCAAAUAACCUAAUUAAGGUGCCUGAGGAUAUAUUCGGAUUCUACUAUAACCAGAUUAGGCAGAGGGACCCGGAGUAUUCGUAUGUGCAUAACGCUAUAGGAACUUCAGUGGUCUCGAAUGUGGACCGGUUUUUCUUCAUUGAGCCACACCAAUUGCUUGAAAUCCCACACUCAAAGUCACUGUCAUCACUCAUCUUCGCGUCACAGAGGAUCCUUAAGCGUGAAUCCAAGCAGCUGAUCAUGGACACCAUCACGGUAGUUAUGUGGAAAAUGGUACUGGUGGAUUUCAAACAUCAUAUUUUCUAUAACCUAUACACGCCAGAAGUCAGUAACGGAUACAGGAUUCAAGAUAUUGUGGAAAAGUUCCCAGAGAGCAUCUUCCUCUUCAUUGAUAAAAUACCGCAGUAUUAUAUCCAGUUCGCAUACAACAACUUCUUUGACGCCUUUAUCAAGACAAUCUUCUACAUAAUAAAAUAUAAAAGCAGGGAUAAUAGGCUCCCGAAAUCAGCAAUAAAGAUAAUAUACCAUGAUGUUGAUUCGUUGACCAGGUUGGUGGAAAAGUACUCACAUGAUAAUUUGGAGCUUUUGGAAACUGUUAAAAAUUAUAUCAAAUCACUUGUUAACUAGUUUUUUAAUUUUGUCAAUAUUCCUUA